GGAGACGCAGGAAAGACUGGGACCGAUAUUCUGACUGAAGGCCAACCUGGCUGGAUGAAGGAACUUUUAAAAAAGACUUCAAAAGAGGUAAGAGUACAUUGAACGGAAGGCGCAACCACCCUCACGGCAAAUUGGUCAGUCAUACUCUGCUGGCGGAUAGGCUUAGAUGAGAGCUUCUAUCCCAUGACACGGCGUCAUAGCUUGAUGAAUUCUUUUUUAUCAAUUUUUUUUCAAAUAGUAUCAAUUUUAAAGAAGCUGGCAUAACUCAGGCGCCUAUUCGCAGAAUAAUAGUAAUUAUACCAAACGUUUAUUACCUGAUUGGCUGUCAGUAGCCCUGAUUUCGUAGCCUGUUCCAAGCUCCGAGACAGUCGGGUCCCACGUUUCAACGCACGUCAACCAGAAGUGGACUUUUUGCAAUAUUUGGGGCGUGAUUUUGACCAAAUUUUCGGGCAAAACGUCUCUAUGCGAGAAAAGACACAUAGGGAAACAAAUUUGGAAGCGUCAUGUCAUAUCGAAAGAACUCUCUUCCGGUUGGUGUGCGUCGCUCAAAAACAUCUUUGCUUAAACUCCCUUCGCAAACACGAAAAUAUAUCGGGAGGAAACUGGGGAGAGGAAGCGCCAGUACACACGGUUAUAUUUUCGCGUUAUCCCUACUAUCUGAGAGCCUGGAAAAGGCUACUGAUUUUGCACCCUUCAUCUCUCGCCUCUAAUAUAUAUCUUUUAAGGAUUUUUAUUCUCUUUAGAGAUGACGUUCAAAUGGAAAAAAACGAGCUGAGAAAUGUCAUAUUUUUUGUAGGCUACAAGAAGUCUCUUGUCUUUCUUUCAUAGCACGUAAAGCGCAACGCCAAAAGUAAAGAGCCACGAGUGUUACUGAGGCAACGCAGCUCUUGCUUCUCGUGUCUCAAAGCGCCCAUAACACGCAGCUCACUUUGGAAAAAACGAAUAAAUGACUACUGGCAUUUUAUUGUCUCUAUUUGAGUACCUUUGUAUUUUCUUUCCAGUUAAAAUCUAAAUCGAAUGAAAAGGAGCAGGUUUCAGCAAAAGAAGGAGAACAAAUUUCAGAAGGCGACAUUGACAUUCACUUGGAAGAUGCAAGUAAGGUGCAAGGUGUAUUUCAGACUAGUUUAACCGACAUCAUUAUUCACUAAAUGAAAUUUAAAUAAUAACAGUAAAAAGUCAGUUGGAGCCGUCUAAGUAGGUAUAAACCACUAUUACCGUAAUAGGAUAUUAAAAAAGAAUUACUAAGUUUUUGUAUUGGAACUGCGGGAUGAAGAAAUACAUGUAUAGAAGAUUAUCGAAGUGAAAAACGUAAGAGCUGUGAAAAGAUUUUAAACACCUUCCUGUUUUUUUUUCUUCGAUCCUUCCGUCGAGUGGGAGGCUCGCUUCGCUUGCCCAAAUAGGAGAGCUUGCUCGCAGGCUAAGUGGAUCUUUAGACUCUACUCGGGUAGGAUUCACAAAGAAAUCGUUAAAAGGUUAUGCUACCUAGGUACGUCAAGUCAGGAACUCAAGUCGUUUGAAAGCUACCUUACAGUCCGCAUGCAGCUAACACGGGUCAGCACCUCACUAUCGGAUCAGCUCACAGUAAAUUAUGGCGUGCCGCAAGGGUCUAUCUUGCGCCCUGCAAUGUUAAGUCUACAUAUGUAUGAUCUCCCAAACGCAGUCCAGUUUAGCAGCGUGGAAUCUUAUGUGGAUGAUACGAAGAUUUUUCUGUCCCUCUCGUCUAAGGAUGUUGACCUCUCUCUGGAGAGAAACUCUGAAGACCUCCGCCAUGCUGCCAAGUAGUGCUGCUCAAAUCAACUGCUGAUUACUCCUAGCGAAACCAAACUCAUUGUGCUUCGAGCCAGACAGCUUUUGACGCAAGUCAGGAAAACUUGUGACAUGAGUGUACCCGUUCUUUGGACAAGCGCUCGUUCCUGUUUCGUCUGUCAAGUAUUUAAGAAUUGUACUGAACUCGCAUUGAACUUUUAAUGAACAUUUUACCUGCAUAACGUCUUCUCGCUUGUCUACCUUGUGUCAGAUAAGUUGGGUUAGGUAUCUGUUCUCUAGACCUGUUCUGAUCCUAAACUCGCUUGUACUUACUAAGUUAUUCUGUUAUACGUUUCUGGGCUGGUACCAUCAAGCAAAACCUACAAAAGUUACAACUGGUGUAAAACUUUGCUGCUCUUCUUGUGACUAACACUAAGAAGCUCGAUCAUGUUACAGUGGCCCUCAGUCAAGAGUCAACUGGAAGUACGAGAUGUCUGCGCUUUAGUAUUAUAUUAUCAAUUGCCUUGUGCCUGCCUGCUAAGCCAGUAACAUCGGCAAAAGGUCGGAUACACAUAAUUACAGCGCAAGGCAUAAAGAUCAGUUACAAUUUCCUUUGUAAAUUAUCUCAGAAUAGCCCCCCCCCGCCCCUCGCGAGAGAUAAUGAAGUUAUUGUAUUGUAAAAUCGGCUAACCUCAAUGAAGCUGUGUUUUUCCCUUUUGUGUGUGAUUCCUGAGCCUGUUUGUUCUUUUAUAUAUAUCAUAUGGAGAACAGACUAGUUUCAACAAAACCCAUACAAUGGCCCUGGAAAGAAGAAAUUCACAUCACCGUGAGGUUACUCGAUUUGCAUUAAAUUUCUUUCACAUUCGCGGGCUACAGAAAUAAUCGUUUCCUUUAUACAAAUCCUUAUAUUUUGAAGGUUAUGCUGGCAACAUUACGGUAAUCUUUCGACCUUGGGUCACCUGUGCCUUAAAAAGUCAAAACCACAUGUUUUGGCAACGCACAUACCCAUAACACUUCUAACGAGAAAGUGACCACGAAAACUGAAACGGUCAUAUGAUUGUGUUAUUCAUCCUUUCGCUGAAUGAAAUUGUUGUUUUCCAGUUUUUCUCCUUCACUUGUUAGGCCCUGUUUAAACGCUUCGGAAAAAUAUUUGAACGGACAAAAAAUGCACGAAUUCGACUUUCGGUUACUCGGGGCCCGCGGAACCGUGCAAGUUAUCGAACGGUAAACAAAACUGCAACCCGUAACAUAAUUUGCACGGGUAAAAAGAUUCGUCCGUUAAAAAGUUUGUCCGAACCUUUGUAAACGGUGUCGUCAUUACAACGGCCGCUACUUAUGCUUUGAUUUUAAUUUCAGUCCCAUGCGACGCUAUCAGCACACUGCAAACUGCUUUUGGAGAAUUGGGAACACAAGCAACGGGCGCUAUGAAUGGUGUAACUGAGCUAAAGGGACAGUGGAAUGAGAUCUCGUUCGGUGAUAGAGCGGUUAUGACGCAGACUCUACAGGCCGCUGCCUCAAAUAUUCAUACGUUUUUAAAUGCGGGAAGUGAUCCAAUUGGCCCAAUACAGGGAGCACUCAACAUGGUGGCACAGUUUGCAGCUCUUGCCGGUCCCACUGGCCAAAUUGCUGCCGUCGCCUUAAGCUUCGUCUCCGGGUAUCUGAGUCUUUUUGGAGUGGGAGGACAGGAAAAGAAAUCUAUCGGAGAAAUUGUACGUGAAGAAAUAGAUGAGGCAUUGGCACAAUUCUAUGAGAGCGAUCUUAGUAAUAAGGCUAAAGGCAUUACCAGUACAUUCCAAGUUUCCAAGGCAUAUUUGGAUAAGCUGGCCCAGUCAGGCAAAAAGCUUACCGUUUCUCAGGCGGCGUCACUUGAGAGGAAUGUGCCACUGUAUCUUGGCCUCCCCUUCAUGGGAAAAUUGGCAAGUGAAAUUAACGGUCUCCUGAAGGUCAACAAAAUAAGCGAUGCCAAAAAGACAUUGAAAUACAUUGAGCUGUAUACAAAAAUGGCGAUUCUUAAAGACAUGAUCAUGCAGGAAGCGGCGACUUUGUUACCUAUCGACCUAGAACCCAACCGACAAGCCUUGUUAGCUGCUCAGGAAUCUAUGCGCGAUCAGCAAAAGCAUCUGAUAAGAUUCCUUCGCCAAGGUAAAAUUGGCAAGAUGGCACUAAAUUACUUCGACCCUGACGUGAGCCCAUUCACAGAUUCCUAUUUGACGAAGGUGCUGAAAGUACCCGAUUAUGAUCGUUCCAUGGCUGGAAGAUGGUGUCUGACGCCACAAAUUUCUGGUCAAAAGCUGAAUCCAAUCACGUGGACGACAGACGAGAACAGCUUAAUGAAGGACGGUCACCCCUACAUUACAACUGCGAUUGAAAACUGCCACUGGAAACUUAUCCCCCAUGGUAACAAUCUCUACACAGUGCAGAACAUCUACAAGUGUCCUAAGUAUGGCUACUGUGAACAGUACCUGUCGUUUGAUAUAUUAUCUGGCGAGGACAGCCGAUUGACAUUAAAGACAUACGCAGAUCUUUGGGAAAUCUGUGGUGUUCGCCAAAAGAGGUAG